CUUUGCAGAUACUUCCAAUGCAACCCAAUGAAUGCUACGAAAAAGAUUUGCAUGGCUAUUGGAACGAAUCAGUACACGGAACAUUUCUCUCGGAAUCAAUAAAAAGCCAAACGGAACUAAACUUGCUAAUGGCAAAUAAAGGAGCCCAAACCGAUGUGAAAGGACUUACUGUUCCCUCUGGUUACAAGAAUAACAACAACAGAUCAAAGAAAAUGCAGCCAUCAUCAGAAUCGGCAAAAUUCCGCCAUCGAUACCCGGAAUUACCUCCUCUGGUUCUAAAGAACCCGACAACAAGGGAAACUAGAACCAUGAGAACAAGAAAAAGCGAAUUACAAAAACGCCGCUUCCAGUUCCCACAGUUCCAGAAAUGGUGGAAACAUAUAUUUCCACCGGAAUCUUAA